UCCGAAGAACAAGGAUCAGGAAGGAUUUCAACGCGAUGGGACUGGCAUCAACUGACUGCCCUGGACUAUCUAUUUGUGGAAGUAUACCCGUGAGACGAAGCUGGCGGUGGCUCGGCAAAUUUCGGGGGCCGGCGCUUGGAUGCGCUGAUGAAGCGAAUGUCUUGUGAUAGAACUGUGCCACUGUGAUGAAGUGGUACAGUUCUUGUUGGUUGGUCUUGGGUGAGGCUGAUGAAGUUACCUAUGGACAUGGCUGUAGAGGUAUAUACUGGAAACUUAGACGUGCAACUCAACCAUCAGGAGCUCUGCGAGAACAAGCGGACGGAACACCGUACCAGUCGAAUCACACACUCAGCCAUGUCUCGCAACACACUAGCCGGCUUCAUUCACUCCAUUCUUUCCUAUCUCUUUCAGCUUCGCAAUCACUCCUGGCCAUGGUCAACAGCUCAGAGCGAAAGCUACGUAAAGGCAAAAUCUCCAUUGCCAGCUCCUAUUGCGUUCCAGAACGUGUCCCUCGGGAAAGGAUCCGCUAGCGAGCAUCUAGACCGAAAUGCAGAGUACUGGUGGGAUUCAUCCGGAUAUGCCUUGUCGGUUCUACUUGAGAGGGCAGGGUACACAGACCAUGCACAACACAAAUUGCUCGACUUUUUCUUGACCGUCAUCCCAAGUCUGGGUCCUAGGCUAUCAUCUACGAGUCCCCCACGAUGGAAAAGCUUCAUGACAGACAAUCACGUCCCCAUCGAGCUGAGUUGGGACUGGCGAACGGACGGCGAGCCCCCCAAGAUUCGAUUCUCAAUAGAACCGGUGGGAGUCCACGCAGGAACGCACCUCGACCCGCGCAAUCAGUAUGCUUCUGCCCAACUCCGGGAGACGGUGGCGCGGGUUCUACCAAAUACGGAUAUGGAGUGGCUGGACCACUUCCAGUCACAGCUCAACGGCAAGGCUGUCAAGGACAUGGCCGAGACAGUAGAGGGACACAUGUCAAAAGAGUUCUAUGCCUUUGACCUCAACGGCAAUGGCAGCAUCAUGGCCAAGGCGUACUUUUUCCCCGGGUUCAAGGCGAGAGCAACGGAGAAGAGCAAUUUUGAUAUCAUCAGGUCAACUAUCAGCACAGCGCCCGGCUGCUCACCAGACAAGUUGGAAGCCUUGGCUUGUUUCCAGUCGUAUGUGCGUGAUCCGUCGACGCCACAUCUCGAGAUGGACAUGCUGGCCAUCGACCUGGUCGGCCCGGUGGAAUCUCGCUUCAAGAUAUAUUUCCGCAUCAGGGACACGAGCUUUGCGUCCAUCAGGAACACAAUGACCCUUGGAGGCCGUGUACAGACGCCGGAGAUCGACCAAGGUCUGGGGGAUCUUCGUCGACUGUACUGCACACUGGUGGGAGCCGGCCAGGGUCAAAGGCAGAUGCAGAUGAUUGACGAGAACGUCCACACCCAAGACAAGGACCACCGCACAGCUGGAAUACUCUACAAUGUCGAGUUCAAGUACGGGAGCAGGAGUCCCAAGGUCAAGGUAUACCUGCCUGUGAGGCAUUUUGCGCUCAGCGAGGAAGGGAUAAUUUCCACGCUUGACGAACACUUCCAGCAGACGCAACGCUCAUGUAGCUGGAGGACAAAUAUGCGCAACUACAGGGAGGCGCUCAGGACAGUAUUCUCCGCGGACACGCUGAGGGCGCAUGAUGGAUUGCAGACAUAUCUCGGCUGCUCUGUUAAAGGCAGAGCUGGGCUGCGGCUGGUGUCGUACAUCAACCCUGGGGCGUCGCAGGGCACGGGAGGAUGCGGUUGUGGCGAGCCCUAGCCGUGACAGGCAAACGGGCAAGCGGGCAAGACAUUAGUGUAGGAUUCACUCAGCUCGGGCGGGUCUCCGGAGUAGCGCUCGGCGAACAGGGGCAGAGGGGCUUCCGAUCCUGCUGAGAGGCUUGGCAGUGCCACACCCGCAACGGGAAUCCUCCACGGGGGUCCUCGGGCUCUGGCUGGCUGGUGGAGCAGGGGCCAUGUUGGGCCCACGGUGUUCAAUACUAGUGUAUGUACUAUAUAGUAGUAGAUCUCCUACCCGGCUCGGUACUCAAGUACCUACUCAAUCAAGCAGGUAGUUCGCAGCCA